AUGGCAUCAACGGAAGAAAAAUCAAGGCCCGUGACGGCACCGGACAUAUCAGAUUCAGAGUCAACAAAUCAAACAUCGGCCCAAGACCCAGUCAGCGUCGGACAACUAUCACAGGCUCAACCCAAAGUCCCAGACGGAGGUCGCGAAGCAUGGCUCGUGGUCGCCGGCUCCAUGGUGGCGCUGUUCCAUACCUGGGGUAUCGUCAACUCCUUUGGCGUCUUCCAGACGUACUAUGAGACCGAGCUGCUCACGACGAGCUCAUCAUCUGCCAUUUCUUGGAUCGGGUCCAUCCAGGGCGCCCUUCUCAUGAUGGGUGGCAUAUUCGUCGGCCCCCUGUACGACGCGGGUCAUUUCCGCCAUCUCUUGAUUGUCGGUAAUUUCCUCAUUGUCCUGGGAAUGUUCAUGACGAGCCUGUGUACAAGGUACUGGCAGGUCCUCCUCGCCCAGGGCGUCUGUGUGGGCCUUGGCUGCGCCGUGCUCUUCCUGCCCAGCGCCGCCGUCUUGUCGCAGUGGUUCGCCAAGCGGAGAGCCUUGGCCUUGGGCGUGCAGUCGGCGGGGAGUCCCAUUGCCGGCAUCGUGAUACCAAUCAUGUUUGGGCACCUGCAGCCCCAGAUUGGAUUCGGCUGGGCUACGAGGGUUAUUGCCUUUAUGAUGCUGGCUCUGAGUGUCAUUCCCCUGGUCUUCAUGAAGACGAGAGUUCCCCCGGCGUCGCACAAGCGCGCAUUUCUUGAUGCCUCUGUGGCUACCGAUGUGCCCUUUUUGGUCUACAUAGUGGGACUCUUUUUCGCCUUUAUUGGCUUGUAUGUUCCGUUUUUCUACAUACAACUUUACGCUAUCCAGCAUGGGAUAUCUUCCACGGAGUUUUCGCCGUACCUGGUCACGAUUCUGAAUGCGGGGAGUGUUAUUGGCCGACUUGUGCCAAAUUAUCUGGCGGACCAUUUUGGUUCAAUCAACAUUUUGAUAAUGUUGGCCCUUGCCGCGGCGAUUUUGGCUUAUGCCUGGAUGGCUAUCACAAGCUCUGCUGGCCUCAUUGUUUUUGCAGCAUUAUACGGCGCAUUUAGUGGCGGAGUUGUAAGUGUUACACCUAGCGCAAUUGUGCCGUAUUGUCCGGAUUUAGGCCGAUUGGGAACCAGGAUGGGCAUGUCGUUUCUACUCUCUGGUAUAUCAGUCUUGGUCGGUACGCCUAUUGGUGGCGCCAUUCUGGGUAAUGGAAGCGAAAGGGAAUGGAGAGACAUUAUUGCCUACUCUGGAACCACGAUGCUCAUAGCUGCUUUGUUGCUGUCGCUCUCUUUGUUCUUGCAUCUUUUGAUCGUCAACUAG